UUAUCAGGGGCAAUGGACAGGAGGGAUGCGGCAUGGAUAUGGUGUACGGCAAAGUGUACCCUAUGGCAUGGCAACUGUGAUCCGUUCGCCCCUCCGAACAUCUCUAGCCUCACUUCGCAGUGAGCAGAGCAAUGGCACUGUUCUACAUGAUAUUGCUUCAGACAGUCCAGCUGGAACAAGAGGCGGGUUUGUUUUGAAUUUUCACAGUGAUCCAGAAGCCAUGGGUAUUAAGAAAAAAGGAGGCUUGUUCAGAAGAGGAUCCCUCCUUGGUAGUAUAAAACUUAGAAAAUCUGAAUCUAAAUCAUCAAUAUCUAGCAAACGGAGCUCAGUCAGGAGUGAUGCUGCUAUGAGCAGAAUUAGUUCUAGUGAUGCCAAUUCUACAAUUAGUUUUGGAGAUGGUGACUGUGAUUAUUGUCCAAUGGAAGACCAUGUUGAUGCUACUACAACUGAAACGUACAUGGGAGAGUGGAAGAAUGACAAGCGCUGUGGCUUUGGUAUUAGUGAGCGCUCAAAUGGCAUGAAAUACGAAGGUGAAUGGCUAAAUAAUAAGAGGCAUGGAUAUGGAUGUACCAUUUUUCCAGAUGGCACAAAAGAAGAGGGAAAAUAUAAAAACAAUGUUUUGGUCCGUGGAAUAAGGAAGCAGCUUAUACCAAUAAGAAACACAAAAACUAAAGAAAAGGUGGAUAGAGCAAUAGAGGGAGCACAGCGAGCAGCUGGUAUGGCAAGAACCAAAGUGGAAAUUGCAACCUCCAGAACUGCACAUGCAAGAGCUAAAGCAGACGCUGCAGAUCAGGCUGCUCAGGCUGCUCACCAGGAAUGUGAUAUUGCAAGAGCAGUGGCCAGAGAACUCUCACCAAAUUUCUACCAACCAGGUCCUGAUUAUAUCAAACAAAAAUUUCAAGAAGGGAUGGAGGUUAAAGAGAAACCGGAAGAAAAGGUUCAGGAAAAGCCACCUUCCCCCAAAGAGUCUCCUCAUUUUUAUCGAAAAGGCACUACACCACCUGGGACUCCCGAAACAAGCCCAAGGCACAGCCCUCCUCUUCCAGUUAAGCCUUCUCCUGCAAAACAGCUGAAAAGGCAAAACUCCAGCUCAGGGGCAAGACUCAAUCAAGAAAAAAAGAUUUUAGCUAGUGAGAAUAUAACACCCACAAUCAACAAGCCUCUGUAUUCAAAGGCACCUGUGAAGGAGGAGGUAGCUGUGAAAUAUCAGCCAAAGCUUUCAGCCUACCACAAUCCCAGCAGUACAGGGAAUGGGGAGCUGCAUGAUCAUUACCAUGGCUACUAUGUAAAAUCAAAUCCAACACUGCAUCCACAUGAGCGUAGGGGAGAAGAUGAAGAUGUGAAUCCAUCAUCUUCAGCACUUGCACGGAUACCACCACCACAGAAGUCAAGUCCUGCCAGAUCUGUGACUAAGCCAGAAGCCAAAGAAAACAAACCUGAUACAAAAGUAAAGAAACCUGAGUUUGCUGCACCAAAGAAUCCAGCUAAUAAUGAGUCCCAUUCAUCAGUGGAAAAAGAAGUGGAUAUGUGUUCGGGUCCUAACUCAGUCAUGAUUGCCCUGGUAAUGCUGUUGAAUAUUGGUUUAGCCAUUCUUUUUGUCCAUUUUCUAACUUGAUUGGAAUUAGGAAAGGUAAGAAAAUUUUUGUUUUCAUUUAAGAUCACUGUAAUCCACCUCAAUUUAAAGCAGCCCGUUCAAAUUGUAAAGAUUUAUUUGCAAACUUUUAAUAUUCCCCACUUUAAUUUUAGCUAUGCCUGAAUGUGAUUCAACAUAGUUAUUUAACGAUGUAACUGUUUUGACC